CUUCGUCCCUUUUACCCUUCAAUCAAUAAUUGAAACCGGACUACGGUUUCCUGUCCAACCGCUCAUCUGCGAAUUUCUUAGACAGACUAGGUUAUGUCCCACCCAACUAUCCACCAAUACAUACCGUAUUAUAAUGGGAAUAGACGCAUUAAACCACCAAACCGGACUAAAUCUCGGUCUAGCCGAAAUAUUCCAUCAGUAUUCCAUCGGCUCAAAGAAUGCUGGGUGGGUCUACUACCUCAGAAUUCGCCGCCGCCGAGAGAAGAUAAUUAAGCAUACUCCGGACAAAGAUCUUAACGAUGAUGAUUUCCUUUGGGUCUCUGGGAAUUUUGAGGAUUUUCAAGCUCAAAUUCCUGGCCGACCUAUAAAUUGGAAAAUGGGAGAACCUGGUAAUUUUGCUUCGGUCUUCUGUCUUGUUUGUUAUCUCGGUUGUUUAGUUUAUUAGCCGAACUAACACUUCUCUUUAUUGCAGAUUUCGCCCAUCUCCGUUCCCUGUACAGUUAUCCCACCCUUGGGGUUCUGCGAGCCGCACUACGGGUUAAAGAAAGAAGUUGGUCAAAGCUUCUAAAUUUUGAGCCGACCUACCGGUAUAGCGGUCGCCGCAAAGCAAAGGUAACUGAUUUUCUUCUCGAGGAAGCACCGGAGCCGGACCCAACUCUGCCCGAGAUAAGACUUGUCCCUCUAACAGCAGAAGAAGAGAUGGCGAAAAGGAGCAGAGUUAGGGCCCUUCUUACCGAAACGGCUAGGCCCGAAGUAACGCCUCCCAGUCAAUCGCAGCCUGCCGUUGUCGCCCUCCCUUCCCAACAGCCAUCCUCUUCCCGCCGGACCAAACGUCCCCGGACUGCCGAACCCGAACGAGUUUUGGUUGAUGAAGAACCUGUCAUUCAGCCGAGCUUACCACCAAGCCCUCGACCGGAGUCUUCCGACCGGACCAUCAGUUGCUGGGCACCGAAGCUAUCUUUCAACGACCGAGACAUUCUGGAAACAGACUCGGUUGUUGCUGAGAAGGACCACCUGUUGGCCAUCAAUUUGGCCAAGAGUGUGUGUCUGCCUAAAGACAUGGAACAUCACCACAAACAGUUAACCACCGAGCUGAAGUCCAUCCGGUCAGCCACGAAAUCAAUGAUUCUGGCUAUCCAGAAAAAUCAAAUCACCCAUAGGAAGGUGCUGGAGCUGAGGAAAGUGACAAGGCAAGCUGCGGCAGAGGCAGAGGCGAAAUCGGCCGAACUAGAGGAGGCCAGAAAGGAAAUGGCCGAACUCCGAGGUGAGGUCGGUCGUCUGACCGGAAUGGUUAGUUCGGCCGAGGCCGAAAAGCAAAAGACUGCCAUUGUGCUGAAGGACAAGUACUUGCGCGAGUUGCUAAAACUUGAAAGAAAGAAGGAUGCCGAAAUAAAAGAGAAGGUGAAGGAAGCCGACAAACAAGGCUUCAAGAGGGCAGAGGAUGCUUAUGCCCAACAAUGCAAUGCGGCCAAGGAUCUGUUCUUUAAGUGCGGCUGGAGGGGAGCCGUUGAGAAGCUCGGUCAUGAUCCUCAGACCGAGGUUUUCAACCCUCCAGCCUACUUUAUACCGAACUCCCUGAUGGAUUAUGCCACGGCCAUGCAACAGCAGUUCCUUGAGGGCUCAGACGAUGAAGUUUCUGAUGAAGACUCUGCCCCUGAGGAUACUUCGGUUGUGAAUGCAGAUCAGGUAGUUCGGUCGGAGCCCGUGGUGGAAGAUCUAACUCUUGAUCAACCAAGUGAAGCCGUGGCUCCAGCCGAACCCGUUCUUCCUUCUGAAAAUGUUGUAGUGCCCGAAACCGGUCUUCAAGUUGACGCCGAUGCUGCCUUCGACGCCGAAAUAGAUGAACUCUUCUCUUAAUUUUGUAAUCUUUUCUUUGUAACCGAACUAAGCAGCCUUGUAAUGACUUCUUUUGGAAUGAAAAUUUUACUUCUCUUAUUCCGGUUAUUGUGUAUAUGCUUGCAUUUGUAAUGUCUUCUAUUACUCCAAGUGUUAUUUCGGUUUUGGUUGGUUGUUAAACUAUACUUACCAGCCAACCACUCCUUAGCCGACAUAAUUGCUUCGGCUGGGGAGUACUAAGGUUUGGUUUAAUCCAGCCAACCACUCUUCAGCCUUACACUUACUUCGGCUGAAGAGUAACAAGAGUUGGUUUAUUCCAGCCAACCACUCCUUAGCAUGCACUUACUUCGGCUAAGAGUACAAAG